AUGCUUGCAUCUCUUAGCAUUGAAACUGUUGCUCAGAAUAGUCGGCUUAACAACAACAGUUUGGUGGGAAAUAUUCCUAUGUCUUUAACCACGGUGAAUUCACUUCAAGUUCUUGAUCUGUCAAACAACCGUUUGACAGGACCAACUCCAGUCAAUGGCUCCUUUCAACUUUUCACUCCUAUCAGUUUUGCUAAUAAUCAGUUGGACCCUCCUCCAGUUUUGCCACCACCUCCUGCUACUCCAACACCACCAUCUUCUUCUUCAGUGGGCAACAGUGCCACUGGAGCAAUUGCUGGAGGAGUUGCUGCUGGUGCUGCUCUGCUGUUUGCCGCCCCCGCAAUUGCGCUUGCUUUGUGGCGGCGAAGGAAACCAGAGGAUCAUUUCUUUGAUGUUCCGGCCGAAGAGGAUCCAGAAGUUCAUCUAGGACAGCUCAAGAGGUUUUCUUUGCGUGAACUACAAGUUGCAACUGAUCAUUUUAGCAAUAAAAAUAUUCUUGGCAGAGGUGGGUUUGGAAAGGUUUACAAAGGCCGCUUGGCUGAUGGCUCUCUGGUGGCAGUAAAACGGCUAAAAGAGGAGCGUACUCAAGGUGGGGAGUUGCAGUUCCAAACAGAAGUAGAAAUGAUUAGCAUGGCCGUGCAUCGAAAUCUACUUCGUUUACGUGGUUUUUGCAUGACACCAACUGAACGGGUGCUUGUUUACCCAUUUAUGGUUAAUGGAAGUGUUGCAUCAUGUUUAAGAGAGCGAGGUGAAUCGCAGCCACCACUUGAUUGGUCAAUAAGGAAGCAUAUUGCACUGGGAGCUGCAAGGGGCCUUGCUUAUUUGCACGAUCAUUGUGACCCUAAGAUAAUUCACCGUGAUGUCAAAGCUGCAAACAUAUUAUUGGAUGAGGAGUUUGAAGCAGUUGUUGGGGACUUCGGACUGGCCAAACUCAUGGACUACAAGGAUACUCAUGUUACCACUGCUGUACGUGGAACUAUUGGGCAUAUUGCUCCUGAGUACCUUUCCACAGGAAAGUCUUCCGAGAAGACUGAUGUUUUCGGGUAUGGGGUCAUGCUUCUUGAACUCAUCACGGGGCAGAGGGCUUUCGACCUUGCUCGGCUUGCCAAUGAUGAUGAUGUCAUGUUGCUUGAUUGGGUAAAGGGACUUCUGAAGGAAAAGAAGUUAGAAACACUGGUCGAUGCAGAUCUUCAGGGUAAUUAUGUUGACGAAGAGGUGGAGCAGCUAAUCCAGGUAGCCCUGCUCUGCACACAGACAAACGCGAUGGAACGUCCCAAGAUGUCAGAUGUUGUCAGGAUGCUUGAAGGUGAUGGCUUGGCGGAGAGGUGGGAAGAGUGGCAGAAGGAGGAGAUGUUCCCCCAAGAGAUUAAUCACACUCACCACCCAAAUAGUGGCUGGAUAAUUGAUGAUUCCACUUCCAAUCUCCACGCUGAUGAAUUGUCUGGUCCAAGAUGAUCCUUUAAUGGUUUCUGUUAUAGGCACACAUACACCAAUUUCAUGGAGUCCGAGGAUGUGUUUGGAAUUGAAUUUUAUCAUCAUUGUGUAUAUGAACUUCUUCCCUUCCUUUUUUUUUUUAAAAUAGUUUUUUUUUCAUAUUUUUUCUGGAGUCCAUUUUGUAUCAUUUGUCGGAAUUUGAUGGUGCUGGAAUGUCUAUAGGUUGCAGGUGGCGUUUUGAAUUUUUAGGUGCAAAUAGAAACACAGCAGGAAAGGCUGUGGAACUGUGGAAGCACCUCUGUACUUUUAUUUCUUCCCCUUUAUGUAUUCAGAUAGUGAGGGAUUGUACAAGAAUAACUACAAUUGUUACCUGAAAACAUUUCAUAAGUCAUA